GAAGACAUGUCUCGUGGUACUUUCAUUGCGCCUUCGGACGAUGAGGGUGUGCGAAGGUUUGAAGCUGAUCGAACGGAUGUGGACGCUGAAUUUAACACCAGCUUCACAUGGAAUCCCACGAGGAAUCUUCCGCUGAAGCAGCAACGAAAAACUUUGCCCGCUUACAAGCAUCGAGAUGAAUUGCUUUAUCUCUUGGAAAAAUAUCAAGUCGUCGUGCUUUGUGGAGAAACGGGCUCCGGAAAAAGUACCCAGGUUCCGCAGUAUUUGUUGGAGGCUGGUCAUUGCUCUCGUGGGAAAAUGAUAGCAGUGACUCAACCGAGGCGAGUUGCUGCGACUUCCCUCGCUGCACGAGUAGCUGAAGAGACAGGCUCUCGUCUUGGUGACGUUGUGGGUUACUCGAUAAGGUUCGACGACUCCUGGACACCUGGACGAACCAAAAUUAAGUUCAUGACGGAAGGGAUACUAGUUCGCGAACUGCUCGCUGACCCGCUUCUUCAACAAUACAGCGCAGUGAUGAUUGACGAGGUGCAUGAAAGAACAUUGUUCACGGAUAUUCUCAUGGGUCUCAUGAGGAAGGUAUCUAGGAAACGUCCGGAUCUACGAUUGAUAAUUUCUUCAGCCACAAUGGAUGCUGAGGAUCUUAGGAAAUACUUCGACUUGUCGAAACCAUCUGAGCCAAAGCAAACUGCCGCCAUUUUAUCAGUGGAAGGAAGAACUUAUCCUGUUCGUGCAUAUUACCUAGAGGAACCUGCGGCGGACUACGUGAAAGCUUCAGUUGACACUGUUCUGACCAUUCAUCGGAAACUCAAUACUCCCGGAGACAUUCUAGUUUUCUUGACGGGUGUGGAUGAGGUAGACCAUGCCGCAAGGUUGCUGGAUGAAGAAGUGGAGCGAAAUGUGAGAGAAAAUGGACGAAGAAGUGGAGAGAUGGAAUUGAGCAUUGUUAAAAUGUAUGGCUCGCUUCCUGCGAAGGAUCAAAUGAAGGCAUUUUUCCGACCUCCACCGAACACGAGGAAAGUGGUGUUAGCCACCAAUAUUGCGGAAACGUCGGUUACCAUUCCAGGGAUCGUACACGUGGUGGAUUGCGGUUUUGUCAAAGUGAGAUGUUUUUCUGCGGAUACGCAGACGGAUUCUUUGGGUAUUGUUUCUAUUCCGAAAUCAUCAGCAAUACAACGUGCUGGACGAGCCGGACGGAUGAAACCAGGAAAUGUGUAUAGGCUGUUUCCGGAGCAAGAAUUUGAUAAAUUGGAACCCACUUUGCCGCCGGAAAUCCUUCGUGCUGAUCUCAGUCCUGUGAUACUUCAAUUGAAGGCCCUUGGAAUCACUGAUGUACUCAGGUUUCCUUUUCCUGCUCGUCCUCCCGCUGCAAACAUGGCGGCAGCACUGGAGUUGCUUUAUGCGCUUGAGGCCUUGGAUGAUAAUGGGGAGUUGACCGAGCCAUUAGGUGCUUGCAUGGCCGAAUUCCCUGUGCCAGAUCCACGACUGGCGAAGAUGCUGUUGUCAUCAGGAGACUUCGGGUGCUCUGAGGAAGCGACUGCAAUUGCUGCUGUCGCUCUGGUUAAAUCAAUAUUCGUUGGAGGUGGAGGAGGUCAAAGGGGUUUGGUCGCUAGGCAGGCCAAACGAGGAUUUGAAGCUGCAGAAGGAGACUCAUUGACAGCGUUGAAUGCAUUUUUGUCAUUCGUGAAAGUUGGUGAUUCUGUGAACUGUAAUUCUGAUAAGAACGCAGCUGGGGAAAUACGAGCUCGUCGCUCACGUUGGUGUGCGCAAAACUUCCUGGAUUUCAAAGCUCUUUCACGAGCAUUGGAGAUUCAAUCCCAACUCAUCAAACUGUUGAAAAGGUUUCGAAUCCCGCUGGUUUCCGCAAAGGGCGACGCAGUCAGAGUUCGGCGCUGUGUUGCAGCGGGAUACUUCGCAAAUGCAGCUAUUUUGCAUCAUUCCGGGCAGUACAGAACCGUUCGUGGGGGAGUGGAGUUGAAAAUUCAUCCGUCCUCUGUCCUCUACGAUCAAAAAGCGAAACGAAUUGACAAGAUGGCCCAGUGUGUUGUGUAUACGGAAGUAUUGCACACGAGUGAAGUUUUCAUGCGGGACUUGACCGUUGUUGACGUCAACUGGUUGUUGGAGUUGGCCCCGCAUUAUUAUAAGCGUGGCUACCUUUUCUAACUGAAAUGAAAAUUUUAAAAUAUUUUCAUAUUUUUGCCGUGGUG